AUGGAAGAAACCGUCAAAGAUGAUGAAUUACCAUUGAUUUUAAAUUUUUAUGAAAAAUUAUUAAUUUAUUCCGCACCCUUAUUUUCAUUAGUGGAGGCAAUCGCUACUGCACUUGUGAUUUUAAUUAGUAGAUACUCAGUGAGAAAACUUCUUGAUGAAAAUAAUACAAUAACGGUGAGAAUGGAUAUUCUGACUGCAACAUUGAUUGGUUCUAUUAUAACUUUAUCAUUAGUAUUAACUUAUAAAUCCAUAAUAAUUGAUAAUAAUGGAAUGAUAACAGAUGGUGCAUUAUUAUUUGCUUACACUAUUUAUUGUAUAUAUAUGUUAUCAUUUAAUUGGAAUCAAAAUAAAAACAACAACAUCAGAAAAGAAGAUAGUAUUGCGGUAUUAAUGGAUAAAGAGAACAACAUGUCACCUUCUCCAUUGAUUAUUUUCAGAAAUUUUAGUGAUUUGUCUUCUUCUUUGGUAGAAUCUUUAUUAAAUAUCAAUAGUAAAGUUAUUAUAAAAUGGAUAUUUGAUUUUGUGGGAAAUAUUCGAUCAAUAAUAGCAAUACAAAAAGCACUUUCGUUACAAGUUUUCAUUUCACUUGUUUAUCGAAUUACCGUGGUAUCGAUAACAUUUUAUAAACUAAAUAAAUCAGCAGAAAUUCGAAAUAGAGAAGAGGAGGAAGAAAAGAGUCUACGAAUUUUGAAUUUUAUUACUUCUUUAACCACACCUAUGAUUAUUGCUGUUUAUACUCAUCUAUUACUUUGUCAUUAUGAUUACCUGGAUACUGAAAAUCCAUUUUGGAGAUGGACCUGUAUUAUUAUAUGUUGGGGUGUUUACUUUCAAUAUCUUAAAGAAGCUGAUGAUUUUUGA